CGUGUGAUGGACUGGCGCUCACAGAUACGUAUGGCUCAUUCGGACUGCUUUAAAAGGAGUUAUUUCCGACAACAGACACUAUCAGAAUGAAGUGUUGGAAUGCAGCAGUCAUUCCUCGCAUAACUAGCUUUUAGGUAUAAAAGACUUUGAGUGUCCACCGAUAGAGAGUAUACAGAGAACAAGCAAAGAAAUCUUCAUACAAGAGACGAAAGAGCACAGAAAACAUGAGAUCGUUUGACGUUCCUCUGGCUUUAGGCUUUCUAUUCCUCCUCAGCGCUCAGAUGACGGACGCUUUACCCCUACAAAACACAGUCUCAACCUCUGAGGACAUGGACGUCUUGAAGCUUCUUCUACAGCGACUUGAAGAAUCCAUUCCUGCUUCAUCACGAGACCAAAGAUUAUCCCGGGAUGAGGAGGACAAAGAGGAGGUCAGCGUUGAAGAAACACCGAUUCAACCUCAAAGCAAGACGGACAUGAGAGAGUAUCUGUCCGCUCGGGACCUGAAGACAGUCCGAAUGGACUCCAAGAGAUAUUCCGGCUGUUUCGGCCGUAGACUGGACAGAAUCGGGUCCAUGUCAUCCCUGGGAUGUAAUACUGCCAGCAGAACGAGUCCUAAGAGAAAGUGAUGUCUUAACCUUCAACUACAUCAUUAUCUGUAACAUUGAGUCCAAACAUUGUUCUUAACUAUGCAUAUUUAUUUAGAUAUUUAUUAAAUUGUUUAAAUGGUGGGGAUAUAUAUUUAUAUGUGUCUUUAUUUUUGUUGUCAGUUCAAUCAAUUGAAAAUUCCUGUUU